AUGUCUUCCCCUCGUGAGCACUGGGGUCUCUCCUGCCCCAACGGCGGCAAGUUUUAUAUCUGCGAAGAAGACGACACUCAAUUCGUGGGCUGCUGUGUCAGCGACCCUUGCGGUACCAACAAGGGCAAGUGUCCAGAUGGUGAUUUGCGCGCCACCACCUUCGACAAAGACCUCUACGCCGAGCUUCCUACCCAGGACUGCGACAGCUCUCAGGGAACGGACAACUGGUACACAUGCGCCUUCCUCGACCCUCCUUUCCUCGGAUGCUGCAGUCAGAAUGCCUGCGGAUCAGGAUGCCCGAGGAACAGGUUGGUGGGAGCCAAGCUGUCGGAGGUUGAGAACAACAGACUCGACUUCCUCGAGCCUAGGGCCAACACCACAGAGACUACUGCCAGCACCGGCACUGCGACGAGCACCAGCAGCUCUACAUCUGAGCCCACCAACGAAAGCGACGAUAGCGGCCUGAGCACCGGAGCCACGGCUGGAAUCGCAGUUGGAGCUGCGGUGGGAGGACUGUUGGUUCUUGCACUCUUGGCUUGGAUCUUCUGGUGGAAGCCCAGACAGAAGAAGAAGAACGGACAGGAGUUCCAGAGUGUGCCUGUGAACCCCCCGAUGGCAGGACAGCCUGGUACUCCCGGUACCUUCAACACCCAGCCUACAUUCCCCGUCCAGUCUCCCAUGAGCACCUACCAACCCUCAUUCUCUGCCGCCUCUCCCAAUCCCGCUCCUCACUAUCCCAGCGGUGUUUCUUCGAUGGAUCAGUUCAAGUACUCUCCUCAAGCAGCCCAAUUCGAGCAACACCAACCCUACGGCCACUAUCCCGACGGCACUGUUCCGGCCACAAGCCCUGGGCUGCCGGCUUAUGGUCAGCAGUACCCCCCUCAAAUGGUUCCCGUGAUGGAGAUGGACGCCACGCCGACGGUGGCGCAUGAGAUGGGUACCGGUCAAGAGCAUCAGCACGGUGAGGGACUGGGAAUCUCGAAAUGA